AUGUCUCGAAAAAAGAAGACAGUCCUGAUCGAUUUGAGUGGAACAAUUCAUAUUGAAAAUGAUGAAGUUCCAGGGUCUAUCGAUGCGUUAAAGAUGUUAAGAACAUGCACAGUUAACGUUAGGUUCGUUACCAAUACAACAAAGGAAUCAAAACAAAUACUGUUUGAAAGACUGACAAAAAUAGGUUUUGAAAUAGAUUUCGAUGAAAUAUUUUCAUCAUUAACUGCGGCAGUUAACAGAAUCAAGAAGAGUAAUCUCAGACCAUACUUACUUGUGGAUGACAAAGCUAUUGCAGAUUUUGAAGGCUUUCCAGUGGCAGACCCUAAUUGUGUUGUCGUUGGAUUGGCACCGGAGAAAUUGUCCUUUGAAUGUAUGAAUAAGGCCUUUGAUCUUUUGAUUAACGGUGCACAAUUAAUAGCAAUUCACAAAGCCAAAUACUAUAAAAGAACUGAUGGCCUAGCUCUAGGACCCGGUCCCUUUGUGACUGCGUUAGAAUAUGCCUCUGGUGUUUCCGCACAUAUUGUUGGAAAACCUUCUUCUGAUUUCUUUCUCUCUGCAAUCAAAGACUACGAUUGUCAACCAGCCGAUUGUUAUAUGAUUGGUGAUGAUGUGUGGGGUGAUAUUGAGGGAGCAGCAUCACUUGGAAUGAUGACUUUUGUGGUAAAAACAGGAAAGUAUCUAGAUGGUGAUGAAUUCAAGAUUCAGUCCAAAACCAGAGUUGUUGAUAGAUUUUCAGAUGCAGUAGCUGAGAUAAUCAAAGAUAUUUCUUUAUUUUAA